AUCGUAUAAACACUCCGGAUGAACAAGAUUCGAACUGAAAAAGAAGUAGAAAAACGAAACGCAUGCAACAUCCAAACAACCCGUCGGAGCAUUUCUUUCUAGCUUGCUCGUCGAUUGAAAAUGUAAAAGCAGGGUUGGUCUUUUCAGAACGCUAAAAGGCACCGCUGCCGCUCCUCUCUGUCGGAAGAUUAGGGUUUUGCGGAGAUGGUGGGAAUGAUGGCAGUUAGCGCGCGAGAGAGGGCGGCCGAUCUCCUAAACUCUUCCAAGUUGGCUUCAGACAUACCCUCCAAGAUCCAACACCUCAGCCUCUUGAAGGAUCUGCUUCUAGAAAGGGAGGAACCUUCUCUGCUAGCAGAGAUCGUUCCACGUCUCGUCGACCUCCAGGCACAUCCCCUCAGCCCCAUUCGCAAGUUCCUCGCCCAGUUGAUUGGUGAAAUUGGUUUGAAGCAUAUGGGGGUUUUACCUGAAAUGUUACCUGUUUUGAUAUCGUUUUUAAAGGAUGAUACCCCAGCUGUUGCUCGACAAGCUAUCACAACCGGGACAAACUUAUUUCGCAGUUUGCUACAGAAGAUUGCAAUUCAAGGUCUAUUCUCUAGUGAGAUGGGUAACUCACUUGAAUCAUCAUGGACAUGGAUUCUUAAGUUCAAGGAUGCAGUAUGCCCUAUAGCUUUUCAGCCUGGAAGUGAUGGAGUUCGACUACUGGCAGUGAAGUUUGUUGAAGCAUUGAUUCUUCUUUACACUCCAGAUCCUAAUGGUUCUUCACAGCCACCUCCUCAUGAAGCUGGUAAUGGAAAAAUUGCAGGAUUCAAUAUAUCAUGGCUACGCAGUGGUCAUCCUUUACUUAAUGUUGGAGAUUUAGCAGUUGAAGCUAGUCAAAGCUUGGGGUUGUUGCUUGAUCAACUUAGGUUCCCUUCAGUGAAAUCACUCAGUAACUCAAUCAUCAUUAUCUUGAUCAAUAGCCUUUCAGCCAUUGCAAAGAAAAGACCUUUGUUCUAUGGACGUAUUUUACCUGUUUUACUUGGUCUGGAUCCAUCAUGCUCUGUGAUCAAAGGAGUGCAAGUUUCUGGUGCACAUCAUGCCUUGAAGAAUGCAUUCCUAGCUUGCCUGAAAUGUACACAUCCGGGUGCUGCUCCGUGGCGUGACCGUUUGGUUGAUGCUUUGAAAGCAAUGAAUGCUGGAGAGUUGGCAGACCAAGCUGUUAGCCAAGUUGAUAUUUCUGAAAGUAUGGUUCACACUACAGCUGAUCCACAUCCUGUUAAGGAAGAUAAACUCUUGCCACAAGCAUGUGAUUCAGCACAACUUGAUAUAGGGAGGAAGAGAUCCAUAAUUCAAGACGUUGGCGAUCUGGUUGAAGAUGAUGACAAAUCUGGAAAACGAUCUAGACCGAAAAAUUCCUACCAAUGUUCAACCAAUGACUCACUUCAGACAAAUGCUAAUUUGACUGGGGGCAACCCUCCUUUGAUUGGGUUGCCAGCUUCUGCUUUAGAUGGGGAUGCGGGACCUGUCCAGCAACUUGUUGCCAUGUUUGGUGCACUGGUUGCUCAAGGUGAUAACGCUGCUGAAUAUUUAGAGAUUCUUAUCUCAAGUAUAUCCUCUGAUUUAUUAGCCGAAGUGGUCAUGGCUAAUAUGCGAUAUCUUCCGCCUACUCGCCCCAAGGCUGAGGGAGAGGAAGAGCCGAUACUUGGCUUCAGUUCUGUUCCAGGAUUAGUUGGCAGUAAUUCCUCAGUCGCGCAGCCAUCAUCAUUUUUAUCAAGUGUUAUGUCUCUGUCUAGUGCAUUUCCAAAAAUAGCGUCCUUAUUAACUAAAACACAACUAUCGGCUUCUCAUGAUAUUCCUGACCUACAUGGGAGGGAUGAGAUGCGACCAGUUAGCAUGAUUGAUGCUGCUGUAGCAUGUGUUGGAGUAAAUGAGGUGACUGCAACAGUAGCAUCUGCUGCUGUUCACAUUCCGUGUAUCUCACCAGUUUUGGCUGGAACUGAAAAGGGCAGGGUAUCUAUUCCAUCAGAUACAAGUGAUGUGGGCAUUGUAGAUAGUGAAAUACCUGGUCUGAAUUCCACUGUUAAUAUGGAUGAAAAGCGAGACACACUGGAUUCUUCUCAUUCAUCUACUGCCGAUAUGCAAGGAACCAGCCAGGAACAAGUUUUGAGUACAGGCAACACAUUUCUGCUUGAUUUUCCUUCAUCUGCUUCAAUGUUAUCUUCUAGGUCUGAAGCACAUAGCCCCAAGGUAGCUGUGGCAGAUUCAAGCUGGACAACUUCAACUGCAACUUCUGUUGCUUUCCCUAGCCAAAAUUUACUUCCUAAAAUGUCCAUACCUAGUGUUGACCUGACAGACGAAGAGAAGGAUAAUCUACAGAAAUUGGCAUUUGUUCGCAUCAUUGAGGCUUACAGGCAAAUCACAGUAGCAGGAGGCUCGCAUAUCCGCUUUUCCUUGCUGGCUUAUUUGGGAGUUGAGUAUCCACUGGAGCUGGACUCAUGGGGGCUUCUACAAAAGCAUAUAUUAUCAGACUAUUUGAAUCAUGAGGGACACGAGUUGACAUUACGUGUCCUCUACAGGUUAUUUGGAGAAGCAGAACAGGAUCAUGACUUCUUCUCAUCUACAACUGCCACUUCAAUUUAUGAAAAAUUUCUGUCUACUGUGGCUGAAACACUUCGAGACUCAUUUCCAGCUUCGGAUAAAUCUCUAAGUAGAUUACUUGGUGAAGCGCCUUAUCUUCCAAAGACAGCCUUUAAACUGUUAGAGUGCUUGUGCUCUCCUGGAAGCAAUGAAAAGAAUGACAAGGAAUCACAAAGUGGAGACCGUGUUACUCAAGGUCUCAGUGCUGUAUGGAGCUUGAUUUUGCAAAGGCCUUCCAUUAGAGAUAUUUGUUUGAAGAUUGCUUUACAGAGUGCAGUUCAUCACUUGGAAGAAGUUCGAAUGAAGGCAAUACGUUUGGUUGCAAACAAGUUAUAUCCUAUGCCAUGCAUUGCUAAGAAAAUUGAAGAAUUUGCAAGUGAAAUGCUGCUUUCUGUAGUACAUGGUUGUAAUGUCAUGGAGGGUGUGGAUACUGAAGAAUCAACUACUGCAGUGCAGAAGGAAGCCGAUUCGGAAAAGGUUGCAAGAGAAGGACAGCCAUCAGCAAGUGCGACGACUAAAGAAUUUUCCUCUGAUACUCAUCAGUCAGGUUCUUCUCAAAGUAUUUCAUCCUCGUCAAUCUCGGAGGCACAACGAUGCAUGUCACUCUAUUUCGCGCUUUGCACUAAGAAGCAUUCCCUUCUUCAGCAAAUUUUUAUUAUCUACAAAAGCAUUCCAAAGGCUGUAAAACAGGCAGUUCAUCGCCAUAUCCCUAUCUUAGUUAGAACUAUAGGCUCUUCACCUGAACUCCUUGGCAUUAUUUCAGAUCCACCAACUGGAAGUGAGAGUAUGCUAAUGCAGGUUUUGCAUAUAUUAACGGAUGGGGCAGUUCCUUCACCUGAAUUAAUAUUCACUGUCCGAAGGUUAUAUGAUUCAAAACUCAAGGAUGUAGAGAUUCUCAUUCCAGUAUUGUCAUCUCUAUCAAAAGAUGAGGUCUUACCUAUCUUUCCCCAGCUUGUUGAUCUUCCAUUAGAUAAGUUCAAAGCUGCACUGGCUCGAAUACUGCAGGGAUCAUCUCACACUGGUGCUGCCCUUACUCCUGCUGAAGUUUUAAUUGCCAUCCAUGGGAUAGAUCCUGAGAGAGAUGGGAUACCCUUAAAAAAGGUCACAGAUGCAUGCUCUGCUUGCUUCGAGCAACGGCAAGUGUUUACGCACCAAGUAUUGGCAAAGGUGUUGAAUCAAUUAGUCGAACAGAUUCCUCUCCCUUUAUUGUUCAUGCGUACUGUCAUACAAGCAAUCGGUGUUUUCCCAUCCCUGGUAGACUUUACCAUGGAGAUCCUCUCUCGUCUUGUGAGCAAGCAGAUCUGGAAAUACCCAAAAUUAUGGGUGGGAUUCUUGAAAUGCACACUUCAGACCAAACCUCAAUCUUUCAGUGUGUUGCUUCAGUUACCAGCAGCACAGCUUGAAAAUGCAUUAAACAAAAGCCCCACACUGAAGCCUUCAUUGAUUGUGCAUGCUAGCCAACCAAACAUCAGAUCGUCAUUGCCCAGGUCAACGCUGGUGGUGCUGGGUCUUGUUCAAGAAUCUCAGUCUGCAAAUCAGCCACAGACAUCUCAGACUCAAACUGCAGGUGCAAGCAACUCUGGUGCAGAUGCUGCCACGGAGGUGACCCAAGAAUCUCCAGCCAUCAGCUGAAAACAUCAUUCUGUCGCAUGUACUAGAUUGAUACAUGAAAUGAGGCUGCCAAGAAGAUGGCCAGUGCUAUUUGGGAACAUGGCUGCAUAAAGCUGUUGUUGGAUUGAGCUCUGUCAGACGCAAGUGCAAUAUAAAUUAAUUGUGGUGGAGCAUUCUGUAUAGAAAGGUUGCUGCCCCUCUCCAUCUAUAUUUCUAUUUUAAAAAAAAAAAAAAAAAAAAAAAAAAAAACAAACUAUGAAAUGGACAUACCCCACAUAUAACCCCCCUUUCCAUUUUACAGACUGUUAAUCAGGUUCAUGUUGUUGUGUUAUGAUGGUAAUGAGAAUUACAUGAAAUAUUUGCCCUUUCUUAGGUUAAUGCAAAUUGUAACUAUGUUUCUUUAAA